UGUGAUGAUCAUCUGCUAAAUGAGCAACAAUGACCACAAUUCACUCCUUCAGUCAGUGAAGCUCCCACAGCCGUUCAUGAGAGUUUAAAUGCUGGGGAAUAUUCCCAUCUUCCCACAUAAGAAGAAGAAGCAAGCAGGAGGAAUUACUCCAGUAGAAACUACAGACAUACAGUACUAUUGUAAAGAUGGAUAUUAAGGAAGAACCCUGUAGAAUAAAAGAUGAAGAUACAGAGGAACAAAUAGACCUGAUGGAAAUGAAUGAAGACAAACAGCAUCAGUUUCAAAAACCUCAUUUUUUCACAAAUGAAGAUGGAAAUGCAGUCGUUUCAAAGACUGAAGAGAAUUUCACACAGAAACAAGCUGGAAAAUCUGGAGUCAAAGGAUCUUUCACCUGUUCUGAGUGUGGAAAAAGUUUUAUAUCUAAAUCAAAGCUGAACAAACAUGUGAUGAUUCACAGAGGAGAAAAAUCAUUCACAUGCUCUCAGUGUGAAAAGAGUUUCUCUCAAAAAAGUCAUCUCAAAGACCAUUUGCAUUCUCACUCUGGAGUGAGAUCAUUCAGCUGUGAUCACUGUGAUAAAACAUUUGUUCAUGAAUCAAGCUUAAGAAAACACAUUAAUGUUCAUUCUGCUGUGAAAACUCACCUCUGUUCUGUUUGUGGAAAGAGCUUUUCACAUCUUGCAUCUUUAAAACAGCAUGAGCAUAUUCAUACUGGUUUGAGACCUCAUAUGUGCUCUGACUGUGGAAAGACCUUUACUACAUCCGGCAACUUAAAAACACACCAGAGAGUUCAUACUGGAGAGAAACCGUACAAGUGUUCACACUGUGAAAAGAGUUUCUCUCGGUCAGGAACCCUGAAAGAUCACGAGAGAGUUCAUACUGGAGAGAAACCGCACCAGUGCUCUUGUGGAAAGAGUUACAGCCAUUCAUCUACUCUACUGAAACAUAAGAAAAAUCACCUCCUUAACUUGUGAAUAAGCAAAAUAUGGAAUUACAUUUAAUCCAGUACUUUAAUCUAAAAUUAGUAUUGAAGUUUUAUUGUUUGACAAGGGGAACUGGUUAAAAUGGUUGUGAAUUGCAUUGCAAGUGUUGCAUGUGUUGUUCUUCCGACACCCGUAUUGAUCCUCUGUUGUGUUGCACAUGUGCAGUAAAACACAGAGUGUUGCUGUAUACAAGAUGAAUGAACAGUAAAGCAACAA